CACGAAGCCACGCCCACUUCCCUUCCCUGCUCAUAUCCAGCUCUAUGGUGAAGGACUGAAGACUUUUCUGAUGUUUUCUCUCAGUUUCAGCUGUAAAUAACAGUGACCAUGACGGAGAAAGCAGAAGAAUCUCCUCUGCUGAGUGCAGAGACGAGUGAAGCCGAACUUUACACGUCCGUCACGUCAGAACAUGUCCCCUCUGCUCCACCAUAUCAGGCAGAGGCUCCUCCUCCAUACUGGGUGGUGCCCGUUGUUGGCUCCGCCUCCCUGUGCUGUGGUGUGUGUGGAGCUCAGAUUGCACUGGACUCUAACAGCAACCAGUAUAUAGUGAAGUGUGGAGUUUGUCAGGAGGCCACGCCCUUGAGGAGUCCCCCUGUAGGAAAGAGGUUUGUUCGCUGUCCAUGUCAUUGUCUACUGAUAUGUAAAAUCUCCUCCCAGCGAGUGGCGUGUCCUCGUCCUCAGUGUAAGAGAGUGAUGGAGCUGACGGAUCCGAGCAGUGCUGUGGUGCAGUGUUAUGGGACACGAGCCAUCUGUGGCCACUGCAGACAAACCUUUCUGGCCCCUCGAUCAGGAGGAAAGCAGCGUGUUCGAUGUCCUCACUGCCGUGAAGUGAGCUUUAUUGGACAGCACUAUCCCAUGAAGCGCUGCAUUUACUCCUCACUGUUGGCCAUCUUCUUCGCCAUCAUCGCUGGAGGACUAAUCGCUGCCACAGUGGAUGAGGCGAGGGAUUACAACGCCAUCUACGCUGUCUGGACUUUUUUGCUGAUGUUGUGUGUGAGUUGUGUGUGUGUGGCAGUGUAUUGGGCUCGGGGUAAAAUCAGUACUCCUCAGCAGAGUUAAUCUGUGUGAACCUUCACACUUCUGUUCUCUGCGUCCAGGAUGUACCUUCGCUAUCGCUAAUCAGGUGUUAGCUGUCAUCUCACAGCUCUGUAUUGAAAUAACAGAAUUUAUUCAUUACGCUUCAUCGGUGUAUCUGUCUAAUUACUCGACAGUUUUUAUGAUGAUGUGUAAUAUUUUCAGUGUUGUAAUGUAACGGAGUACAAAUACUUCAUUACUGUACUUAAGUAGAAAUUUCACGUAUCUGUACUUUACAUCGCUAUUUAAAUUUGUCAACUUUCACUUUUACUCCACUACAUUUCCUAGAUAAAAUGUAUACUUUUACUCUGCUAUAUUUCCACUAAGCAUCUUCGUUACUCGUUACUACAAAAUAAAAUCAGAAGAAAUGUGUGCGACUGCAAUAAGGGAGGUUUGGUGAAUGUUGCCAAAGGAGGCGGAAGCACAAUUGAAACCGCCAUGGAAGCACCUACUGGACCUCCCGUUAUCGUAGACCAGGGGUGGCCAACCGGUCAGAGACCAAGAGCCAGAUUACUGUGUUACUGCAAAGAGCCACAAAUGACACAAAUUGUUUACUCAAAUGAUUUUGCUCCUACUGGGAAACUUUGAGGUAUUUUCAUCCCACUCACAUGCACGUUUGACGAAAAUACCGUAUUGAACUCCAGCGAAGCGAACACGCACAAUAAAAAGACACAAAUACAAACUUUGAUAUGAAAGUAAGAGCCACGUGAAACCGGGCAACGAGCCGCACGGGGCUCAAGAGCCGCGGGUUUGUCGCCCCUGUCAUAGACGACCACCCCGACGAUAGCGGUGAACAGGGUGAAGAAGAUAACGUUAUACACACAUGGCCGUAUUUGCAAGAAAUGUUUCUGUACAUUGGAAUGAAAGGUUCUUCCUACCAGAUGAAGUGUCUCUUAUGCCUACUGAAAAUCACUGAAAUUUUACUUUUUACUUUUACUUCAAAUACAGAAAAUAUUCAGAAAAUGACUUUUGAUACUUAAGUACAGUAAAGAUCAGAUACUUUAAGACUUUUACUUGAGUAAUAUUCUAAAAGGUAACUUUCACUUCUACUGAAGUCAUUUUCUAGUACGUUACUUGUACUUUUACUGAAGUAUUGCUUUCUAGUACUUUAAACAACACUGUCUAUUUUAAACAAGAAUAAAAUGAUAAAUAAAUAUAAAAUUUAAUGAUAAAGUAUAAGAUAAAAUAAGUUAGUCAUGUCACUUUAAUUAGCACUUUAUAUUAGUUGGUUGAGACGCUGUUGAUAAAAUACUCUUGAUGAUAGUGGAGUUUUUUCUUCUUAACACUUUUUGGUCCUUUUUUAUUACUUCAUGGUGAUAAAUGAUCUGUGUUUAUAUUCGUCUCCUCUACAAAUCACUGACAGAAAUAAAGUUUUGAUGUGUAAAUGUGA